AUGCUUUUUGAGUUUGACUGUGAGCUUAAAAAGCCCCCCUACGAGAACCUCUCGGACUUGUGCACAAUUCUCGUCAUUGCGGAGGAGCGAAACAGUUUUCCGGUGCAGCGUGUGUUUGCCGCCAUCAAUACGGCACUGCGGAAGGCGGGGGAGGACGGCAACGUGGUGGUCCUGGCAGUCCGGGCGCUGGCUCUCAUCCUCGACAAGUUCUCCCGAAAACUUUCAUUGCCAGGAGAGGCGGGAAUCUCAAAGGAGGUGGAAGAGUGUUUUAAAACUGUCUUUUCAUUCGUAAAGGACUAUCCUAUAAGGCUGCAGUACACAAAGACAACCGAAAAUGAGCUGAAGGAGGAACUGUUAACUUGCCUUUCGAUGGCUGGUAAUUGUGAAGCAGUGGCCGCGGUUGUACCCUCCACAGAGGAGCAACUAAAAUUUUGCUUUAGUGCCCUGGACGGCUCCAAGUGGACGGCGUGUAAAGUAUUGCACCACUGCACUGGUUUGAUGCGGAGUGGUGUAGUGCAAAAUGCGGGAGAUCAUGAAUUGCUAGUGCAGCUGCUUCAGCUUCACUUGGGCUUCCUCUCCCAGCUUCCCAUUGACUACGAGUGGGAAGAGCUGCUCCGCACAGUUGUGGAGGGAAUAAUUACGUACCGAGCGUGGUGUGUUUCACAGUUACCCUUGCGGAGGAAGCGAGCUCGAGCCUCGGCAGCAUACGACAAUGCGGCGAAGACGGCCGGUAAUUCUUUUGAGGAAGCCUCACUGAAAAAUGCUACAGAAGCUCUUCUUGCGAUCGGGGAACGCGUCUUUUCCAGUGCGGUGUCUCCGUCAAUUAUUGAACUCACAAUAGCCUGCGUCGCAAGUGUGGCGGAGGCCUCUUCCCCUUAUUCAGAGGCAAAUGAGAAGGCAAUCGGUUGGGUGACCAGACUGUUGCAGCAGACCGCCGCCCCCAGUGCGGAGUACUCUAGCCCAUUUGAUGAUGACUCUCCCUCCGUAGCCACGGGAGAUCGGCUGUGGGCGGAUGCCUCUCAGUCUUUGCCGAACCUGCAGUGGGUGGUCCCACCGCUGACUUGGAGUGCGCUGGUCCUCUUGUCAAAGCUUUGCGGUGCUGUUUUUGGGAUUCGCGGCGACCAUAUGUGGGCGUUUCGCUCCGUCGAUGGUGAGUACUUUCCAUACCGGAGCGAUGAUCGAGAGCAGCUCACGGCAAUGUUUUUUGCCGCCGGGAAAAACAAAAACGGCCUUGAGGAACGUCACAGGUUUGAUCUUCGCUCUAUGACUGAUAAACGGUCAUUUUCUUCAUCUCCGAGGCGGAUGCAUUUUCAACCCGUACCCAGUGCGUUUCUCUUUGACGGAAAGCUAUCCGUACCACCGGCGUCUAUUCACAUAAAGAGCGAAACCUCUGCGCUUAUUCAAGCUGCAUUACUUCCCUUCACGCUUGGUCACUCAAAGACGGCUUUCUUGGCGCGUGCGAUACGGCUAUACGUUAUCUGUGGCAGGGCACCCACCACCUCGGAGGAUGUCGUUGUCGUUUUUCGAAGUCUUUCGUCUGAGCAGAAGCCACAUGUGGUGGAGGAGAUAUCCUCCGCAUUGCUGCAACGUGACAAGGGGUGGGCUCCAGUUCUCCUGGAAGCCGGAGUCGCUGACGCCCUCACGGCUCUUCCAGCGUCUACGACGGCUAAACAGAUCGCAGUUAACACGUCGACGACGCAGAACCGUCUUCCCGUCGCUGAACUCAUUCGCUCCGCCGGAAGUUCACCAAAGGCGGCCCCAAUGCAACUACCACCCUUGGCAGAGCUACCCGCGUUUUUGUUGCACGCGUCCCCAUCCGAGCUACUUGCAUUUAUUGAAGCCUUGGAGACUUCCUCACUGUCAAUGCAGGAGUUAGAAAAGCUUUGUGCGGAACUUGCUAUGGAUUCCCGCGUUGAGUUUUGGAUGCGAGAUGCGGCAUAUAAUUAUAUGCUUCGCCUUCUUCAUAACGCCGGUGUGGGUCAAAGACAAAAGAAGGAUUUGCGCGACGUUUUGUUUCACAACAGCUAUAGCGUUGGUAUCUGUACGCCGGCGCGGGGUGAAAAGGGUCGGCUUUUCUGCCCCAAGGGCCACCUUCUUUGCGUGCACUUUAGUGUGAAUUGGAGUUGCAAUAAAUGCAAGAAAACGAGUUCAUUUGGUUCUCUUGCGUGUCGGGAAUGCGAUUAUGACAUAUGCAUGGGCUGCAUUAAUAAAAAACUUUCACGGGUCGAAGUUAACGUUUCAGCCAACGCUGGUGACAUUCUCCGGUACUGGCGUGAUUGCCAGACGAAAAAAGGCUCUGGUGAAGCCUCAUUACAAAUGGAAUUAAAACAUUCUGUUCUUUUCACUUCAAAGGGAGUUCUUCCCGCCACAGUUCCUGCUUCUACACUUAAGGAGGAGGAGAUACACUUUGCUAAGAUUGGUACUUCUUGCAAAUGCAACAUUACAGUUCCUUUGCUUACUGCUAAUUUUAUGGAGCGUGCCGUUCUUGAUUCGCCGCUGCAGGUUCUUUUGCGCGCCUUCGGUGCCCCUCCGCAGUGGGGUGAUGUGGAGUCCGCCAUUGUGGACGUGCUGGAAUCAUUUGGGGGUGACAUAUUUGAAAAAGGUAUUUUAGGCAUCCCAGCGCGGGUUGCUCAGCUGCUUGAGGUAGCAUCGCCAUACCUUUCAACCUCAUUCAAGCGUGACACGGCUCAUUUUCUCGCUGUUGGGUGCUGCCGAUUUGCACUUUUUCAUUUGCAAGGCCUAGGUGCGGUGUCGCGGGGUAGCGUCAGCGGAGAGAUUACAAGCAACGGGCUGCCAACGAAGUUCACGGUAAGCCGGGAAACAAAGGUAAUGACACGGGUACUUUUUGACGCCUUCCUUCAGUACCCCUCUAUACGAAACAAGGUUGAGUUCAACUUUAAGGGUGAGGAGGGCACCGGCGAAGGGCCGACGCAGGAAUUGUACACUGAGCUGGCUCAGCGUUAUCGAGACAUGACAAAUCUCUGGCAUGAAAGGGAUGAUGGGACACACGAAGCCUUUCCCACCCUUCGUCAGGUGCAUGCAGAAGAGUUUUUUGUUCUUGGUGCGUCUUGUGCACGAGCAUUUGUAGAUGACUACGUCAUUAAUAUGGACCUUCUUCCACUGGCGUGGCCCUUUAUCCGUUCAGGGUCCGUCUCCUUAGAGACCAAGUGGGCCACUCUCGCAGAGUUGGAGCCGACCCUGGUGAACACGUAUACAUGCAUGAUGAGGUCAACCGACGCUGAAUUAGAGGAAAUGGGAUUGGAGGACGAGAGUGGUGUGGUGUUGACAGCUGCCACUGUAAAGGCGUACGUGGAGCGACGCGUGGAGGAACACUUGGUGCACGCAACCUUGAAUUUUCGCUGGUUUGCGCUUGGAAUUUCCACCGUGUUUGACUUGCGCGCCCUUUGGUUUGUGUCAGAUAAUGACAUGAGUGUCGUUCUCUCUGGGGUGUCGCGUGAGGGUGUGGAGGGGCGUCUUUUUGGUGAGGAGGCACUGCGCUCGGCAAUUGUGGAGGCACACGGCUACUCCGUAGGGUCACGGGAAGUGGCCAUGAUGGUUUCUCUAGUCGGUGGUGAGUUCACGCGGGAGCAGCAGCAGUUCUUUCUUGAGUUUCUCACGGGCAGUCCGCGUCUUCCGCUGAACGGGCUCGCAGGGCUGGGUCGGAAAAUCACCGUUGUGCGAAAAGAGCUGGAGGGGACUAGCGAGCAGACGCUGCCGUCGUGCAACACGUGUUUUCUAUACUUUAAGCUGCCGCCGUACACGUCACGGGCGAUCAUGAAGGCGCGUCUUCUUACGGCGAUUACGGAGGGACGAAAGAACUUCAGUUUGUCGUGA